AUGAGUCUUCACCUCCCAACGAGGAGGUUAGCCUCGGCCGCUCCCUCAACACUCCAAUGCCUCGCCCGACCGUCCCCGCGACCGAUCCUCCUCCCCCUGCGACCGGCGACCCAGGUCCGAAACAAAUGGAGCCUCUCCAACCUCUUCAGCCGCAAGAGGACCAACGCGGACGAUAACCUCACGGGCGGCCAGAACUUCGACGACCCCGCGGUCCGCGAACGCUUCGCCAAGGGCCAGCAGGCCCAGCUCUCCAGCUCCAUCUUCGAGGAGGAGAUGCAGGAGGUGACCAAGGACGGCGGCCUGCAGCGCGGCGGCGCCGAGAGCUCGGUCAAGACGGCCGAGACCAUCGCCUACCGCGUCGACCCGGACCCCCGCAGCCGCCUGCGCUGGGAGCGGAAGAAGGUCAUCCAGAUGGUCCGCCGCAACGGCCGCGUCUCCCGUCAGGAGCUCAUCGCCCGCACCGAGAAGGAGGUCCAGACAAAGAGCCCCUUCCUCGAGACCAGCGUCAAGAAGCUCGUCCACCUGGCGCGCCAGAUCCAGGGCAAGACCGUCGACGAGGCCGUCCUGCAGAUGACGUACUCCAAGAAGAAGAUGGCCGCCGAGGUCAAGUACCAGCUGGAGGAGGCGCGGGACCUGGCUAUCGUCAGCCGCGGCAUGGGUCUCGGCAAGGCGAAGCCCGGCCAGAACCCGUUGAAGGAGCCCAUCAAGAUCCAGACCAAGGACGGCAAGUCCCUGAAGAUCGACGACCCGACGAGGCUCUACGUUGCCGAAGCCUGGGUGGGCAGAGGUCCCUGGAGAGCCAAGGAGAUGGAUUACAAGGGAAGAGGCCGCUUCGGCAUUAUUCAAAAGCCAUCAACCAGCAUCUCGGUUGUAUUGAAGGAAGAGAAGACGAGAAUGCGCCAGCACAAUGAGAAGAAGGCGAAGGAGGCUCGGAGGAAACCAUGGGUUCACCUUCCUGACCGACCUGUGACAGCACAGAGACCUUACUACUCAUGGUAA